AUGACUCCUAUAGCUGAUUCAAGUUUAGAUCCCACGAGUGCUAGACUCUCCAAGGAUCGUCUGUUUGCUUCCCUGAAGCCAUUGUGCAUCCAAUGCAUGGAUCCUAUACUGUGUUGGAAAUGGAAUCCGUCUUCAACUCGUCCGACAUCCAGUCAUCCAGUCGCUAUGCUCCUUGCUGAGCUUGAUUCACAGAUCUCUGGCUUGUCUGUGACAGAUGCUGCUGAUUUGGUUGCUCCUUUGCUAGCAUACAUUUCAUUCCCAUUGGUAGAAGCCAUCAAGUCUCGCAUGGCAACUAGCACCACGACAGAGUGUGUUUGUCGCUGUUUGGCAUUUCUGUUGCAAACAUCUGCACCGUCUGUCAAGUAUUUUCAACCACCUCCUGCGCUGGUAUCUCAGUUACUGUUGGAACUUCCUCUAAUUAUCUUCUCUCCAUCGUUGAUCAAUAAUAAGCAAACCUUACCACAGAAUCCUCGUCAAUCGUUGGCAUUAACUGCUGUCCGUCCAAGCGAAGAUCUUAAACUAUGUGUUGUCAAGGCUUUGAGUGCUUUAUUUGCUGGCCAACAAGCAAUGCAAUCUCGUCCAGAGUGCACCACUUCUAUUGAUUUCACCUCUGCUCAACUCCAGCCUAUACUUGCACAUAACAUGAUUUUGCUGCUAGAUUUACUUGCAACUGAAAAAUCAAUUGAACUAUGCGGACAUGCAUUGAAUGCUCUUGCAGACUUGGUUCGAUUAAUCAGCGUAUCUCCAGAUGCUCUUGCACAAUUUCUUCCAGGAAUCGUGUCAGGUAUUGUCAAAUAUAUCCUCAUAGGUGAUGAAAAACGGCAUCAUUCGCUUUUUGUUGGAUGUUUUGUUGUUCUUGAAUUGUCUAUCCAAGGCACGCUCAGCGAUACCAUGUCAACCUCGUUUAUGGUUAAACAAGAUACAGCAAAAGAAAUUCUGGAGCAAAUUGCAAGUAAAGUAGAUUUAAACCAACUCAAAUCUCUCACUCUGCAAGAUGACUCUGCGUCGAGUAAAGAGGAUAAAUCAAAAUCCCAGUUGAAACACAUUGCGCCUCGUACUGCUAAUUGGUACAAGGUAAAUUCAAACAACAUUUCCGCCAUUCUGCCCAAAUUAGCCAAACUUAGAUUGCAUCAAAACCCGAUUGUUCAAACAGCCUUGCUAGACUUUUCAACCCAAUUAUUCAUAUCAUGCACACAAUCACUAUCUGGCACAGUUUCGUUUUUUGUGGACAACAUCAUUAUUUUAUGCUCUCUGCUUCAAUCAGAAACUUUAAAUAACAAAUCAAAAAGUGGAAAUGAUUCCCUGCAUUUGGCACAACACCAAUUAAAUACACUUCAAACAACUCUUCAAAGCUCAAUGGCUACCACUCGUGUUUUGACAGAUCGGCUAUCGCAACUACUAGAUCAUUUGCCAACACAGCUUACAUCAACUAGUGAAACGAUUCAGCUUGAAACACUGCUACUCAUCAAUGGAUAUAUUCGUCUUUUAGAAAUCAAGGCCGCGCCGAUUAUUCAGGGUAGUAUUAACCAGGUUGUAAAGGCAUUACUGAGUGUAUUGGUAUUUGAAACGAAUGGCGUGCGUAUGGUUGAAAGCCGUCAUAGAACACUCGGUGCAGCAUUAACAUUGAUGGAGUCGGUGUCGGCAUCAAAUGCUUUUGAUCAAGACAUGUCAAUACCUGCACCUCAAAGACACUUUCAAACAUUCUAUGAUGAUCGAAUCUUGACUCAGAUAUGUCGCUUGUGUCGACUUUUAGCUUAUUACGGUGAUGCAGAAAUGCUUGUCGAUGUUUUCUCUACCAAGCUGAAUGUUGAAAGGACACAGACGUCCGAGACAAUUGAUCCUCUGCACCAGCAAGUAUCACAGCAACAUUUUUCUGCAGCACUGUUUGUGCUUGGACAGAUUGCAUUAGGAACGCUUGGUGGAGGAUUGAAAGAUGAUGGAAUUGAUGUUGCUGAAUCAAACUCGACGACACGUUUGAGCGCAGUACGGCUUGCGCGGUCAGUUAUUGCAGAGUUUCUCGAUCUAUCUAUUCUGCACAUGCCGACCAACAUUUCUGAAAAACGGUUGUUUUUGGAACCUGAAGCACCAACACAUCUUAUUAAAUCAAAUCCAACAUAUAGCAGGAACUUGCAGCUUCAGCCAACUGUUCGAGACUUUAACCAUGUUAUUAUCUGUACCAGUUUGGUUUUAGAGGGCCUUGGAAGAUUGGCGGAUGUAUUGACGCCUGAUGAAGCUACACUAAUAUUGAUUGAUGGUUUGUAUCCCAUUUUAGAAAAACUGGGAGAUCGUAGCCACGCAGUAAGCAAUGCGGCAGGAUGGGCAUUGCAACAGUUUGCACAAACAUGCUCGCGCUCGCCUCUUGCAUUCCCAUCUGUUGUUUUGCCAUCAAUAGAUUUUGAAAAAAAGGAUAAUGAGACACUGCCUGCUCAAAUAGGCACAGUCUGUAAGCUGGUACUUUCGCAUAUUGACUAUUUGGUUGAUUCGGUAUCGCAACGCAUCCGUCAUAUUCGUCAUUUUCCUAUGGCUCCCAAAGUCCUGACUGCAGCGAUUCGUGUUACUGGAGUAGAGAUUGUUGGGCCAUUGCUGACAGAUUGUGUGGACUUGCUUAUAGAUGUUUUGGAUGAGCUGGGAACUUCUGGACGUGGUGGUGAUUUGUUACUUCAAGAACUUGACAGUGCGAAUCAUAUAAAAUUCAACAAUGAUUCGAAAAUAACUCAUCGACAUGCUAUUGGGCUACUUGACUCGGAUGAUCCUGGACUGGUCGGUGAAGUUAUUUCCGUUCUAUAUGCAUUGAUUGAAGUCAUGGCCAAUGCACCUGAAUCUAAACGAGCAGCACAGGAUGUAUUGGCCAAACGCUCUGGCAAUCUACUUGGAAAUGUCAAUACUUUUAGAGCUUUAAAUGACAAAUCCAAGCUGAUUCAAGAUACGGAUAUGCACAAGGUUGAUGAUAUUUUGGGUAUCCAGCACUGUUCUGCAGAAAUUCGCGCUUACUUUAUUGAACGACGCAAACCUGUUGAUGACGACGCAGAUAAAAAUGAUUCCCUUUCAGCCAAAGAGUUUUUUGAACAGAGAUUAAAGGAGGCUAAACCCAAUCGUGCCUCAAUUGGAAAUGAGAUGGCAGAUGAGUUGUCUGAACCUACACAAAAACCUGAUGCAGAUCCAAUUCCACCCACACCGUUCGAAUCUCUUUCACACCAGAUUUUGUCCAAUUCUGUUCAUUUUUUGUCCUCCGACUCUCCUUUGAUACGAGUGCGUGUUCUUCGCAUGCUUAGAAUGGGAAUUUCCCUUUUGUCUAAUCGACCAUCAGAUCUCAAUCCACUGAUUCACAUUAUAUGGCCUAAAUUGGUUUCCCGUGUAAAAGAUACGUUGCAUUAUGUAGCUUUGGAAGCGGUGCUAGUUAUUGGUGCUGUAGUGAACGUAUCACCAGAGUUUGUCCGCAAGCGAGUGAGUGAUGACAUUAUCCCUAUAUAUGCUCAGCUGUUCAAAUCUUUACAAACCAAAGCAUCCAGCGCAAUUAUGGGCAAAUCCAAAGCGAAUGAAUCUGUGGCAAACGCACGUUCAAGUGUAAAGAGAGAUGUGGUAUCAUUACUACAUCCAACCUCGAUCACCUCUGCAAGAAACCAUAUAUUUGAAUCUAUUGACACAACAACCGUAGAAACGCGUCUUUUUAUGGCAUGUCUAUCCACUUUAGAAAGUAUGUUUGACUCGAUGAUGCUAUUGCGACACGAUAUAGAUGUAUUGGUGACUGCUUUAAUUGGGUUAUUGAAUUUUCGGGUUUAUUCGGUUGACGUAAGGAAUGCAGUGGUUGAUUUGAUUGGAAGAUUUAUACGUGGUGAAAAUAAGAUGCCAGGAAAUAAUGGUGGUAACGAUUGGGUUUGGGCAGUUGUCUGGAUUACUGCUGGUGCAAGUCAGCUUGAGUUGACUGGUGGUUGCCAAGAUAAAGACGUAUUGUUAAAGUCAUUGAGUGUAACAAAUGGUACUAGAGAAGCUUUUGCACCUCCUGGGACUUAUUCCGAGUUUGAUUCUGAACGGCUAAUUCAAGUACUCGACAUGUGUGGCGAACCAGGAGUGUCCGUUGUUUUGAAUGACAAAUGGGCUGAAUGUGAUUUGGCAUUUGGUGGAAGAUGGACUCAAUCAACAUAA